AUGGCGGCGCGCGGCGGCGGCACCAUCCAGAUGCUGCUGGAGGCCGCCGAGUACCUGGACCGGCGGGAGCGCGGCGGCGGGCGGCCCCUUCCUCCUCCCGCCGCGGCGCGGGCGCGCGCGGAGCGCCCCCGGGGCGCCCUGUGCCUCGCAGAGGCCGAGCACGGCUACGCCUCGCCGCUGCCCUGCGGCGGCGGGGACGGCGAGGCGCUGCGGCGGCGCGCCCGGGCCCGCAGGAGCGGCGGCGGCAGCAGGUCAACACACAAYGAGAUGGAGAAGAACAGGCGUGCCCAUCUGCGACUCUGUUUGGAGAAGCUGAAGGGGCUGGUACCGCUCGGACCCGAAUCCAGCAGACAUACCACCCUGAGCUUACUAAAAAAGGCUAAAUUGCACAUAAAGAAGCUUGAAGAAUACGACAGAAAAGCAGUCCACCAAAUAGACCAGCUGCAGCGGGAGCAGCGGCACCUGAAGAGGCAGCUGGAGAAGCUGGGCAUGGAAAGAGUGAGAAUGGACAGUAUCGGAUCUACCGUUUCCUCCGAGCGCUCCGACUCGGACCGAGAAGAGAUGGACGUGGAUGUGGAAAGCACAGACUGCCUCCCCGCAGACCUCGACUGGAGCAGCAGCAGCCUGAGCGAUUCGGACGAGCGGGGCAGCCUGCAGAGCGUCUGCAGUGACGAAGGCUACUCCAGCUCGGGCGUGAAGAGGUUGAAGUCGCAGAGCGAUCGCAAGCCUUGCCCYGGGCUAUAAGAAGUGACUCCUGCAGCCGUUUCCCUUUUGGAUCCCGUUAGGUUGUACGUUGGACCGUCCCACGAUUCUCUUGCACGUCAAUCCGAUGUUCCGCCGCCGUUACCGAAGCCAGCUCCACCCAGGGCCCGAAACAGUGCGUAGGGGUGUGGGUUACGAGCCGCGCGCUGGAGCGCCCCGCUGGUCACAUCCACUAGCUCCUCUUCCCAUUGGGAAGCUCCUCUCCAUGAGACCGUACAUUCCGAGCAAAUUUUYACGCGCCUGGGGAAUUUUUAGCAGUAACAGUGACCUAAAAAAGCCUCUGCUCGUUUUGUUUUUGGCUUGCUGUUAGUGCCUGGUAUUCUAGAUUGACUUCACGUUUGCCUAGCAAUGUCACGUAUCUUGUAAGUGGAAGCAGAGCCCCAAAGUAGCUCGCUUGGGUGACCCUCCGAAGGGAGGGUCGACCUGAYGUUGAGUUCAGAUCUGGCAGCGGGUGGAGGGAAGCCUGGGAACGGCGCACGAAGCGUUUGGGAUGCGUCGCGUCUCCGACGCGUGCGGUGAUUGCACUGUGAAACGCUGGCGCGUUCAUUUGAGGACUUAUCUCACGUAUUCAGGGUAGCAGCAUAACCUUUGGCCUGCUCUUGCCGUCUUAUUGCAGCUCCUACUGAUUUUUGAAGGCUGAAAAGCGGGAGAAAUCCCACCGGGCCAUUCCUGCCUCGGCGCCCGCGGAGCCAAGGGAGGUUUCAUGGCAUUGGGACCCAUCUCAGGAGGCUUGGAGCCCGCUCUGCCAAAAGCCAGGUGCUUCUGCCUGCCAAACCGGGCUGCGGGACCUUGGCAAGGGCCUUUGGGAGGGCGUCCUCAAUUGUUACACAUCUCAAAAGCUUCUUUCCUACCUAAAACCAAAUGGUACUAGACUUCUCCUGUGCAAUUUAUGACCUCGUGCAUUACAGCUGCAUAUAGUAAUAUAUCUAGGCAAGUUUUCCUAGAAGCUUGUUCAUGCGUCUUGUCUCUGGGACAAUUUUUUCUACCUCGGAGAGAUGAACAAAGAUUAUCUCGAUCCCUUUAGCACAAAACUAACGAUGCCUCGCUCGUUCGAGAGCGGCGAUGCUGGGUCCCGUCCGGAGCUGGUAGCAAUAACCGAGCGAGGAGGGCGACCGUUUUACCCGUGUCACAUAACAGGGAGUUUCCUGCGUUUAUUUGGGGRGGCGUUAUUGGCAUUUUAGCACUUCUCUGGCUCGCUGAGUUACUUCUAGGCGCUCUAAAACUGGUUCGCUAAGGAUUUGGGUUCCACCUUCGAGAGGGAAAAAGAAAUGACAAACUGGAAGCCGCCGCUUCAGACCCUGCAGCGCUUUCCUUUAAGCCAACUAGAGCACAUGUAAAUGUACAGAAAGACACAUGAUCUAUAAAUGGUAUUUAUUCCUUUUAUAUGAAACUAAUGUAACGGAGAUACGUUCUUAUGACUUUGUGCUUUUAUAGAUGUUCCAGGAACUUUGUACGUAGCGUUGGCUGAGUGAGAGAGAGAGAGAGAUUUAUUUGGUCUUUUCUUUUUUUUCUUUUUGCUUGACAUGUUUUAAGGUCUUUCUAUUCGACCUGCUCAGCAUCCUUUGGGCCCCGAGCCCGGGGACUCGACCAACUCGCCCAAGGCGACYGCUGGGCAGCCUCCCACCCAAGGGCUACGUGGCUGCUUUAGCGACGGGCCUGRCGGCCUCGUCCCUGCUCGGCAGAAACCAAGCUUAAAAAAGGCAAGUUCUAAGACUUUGCUAGCGGAGCUGCCAAAAGCCACUAAGACACUCUAUAAACUGCAAGUGAAUGAACAAGUGAAGACUUGGUUUGUUUGGGGUUUUGGGUUUUUUUCAAGUAUCCUUAAGGUAUUUUUGGAUCAUUUGAACUCUUUGCAAAGCAAGUGGCUGGGAGCAAAUACGUUCUCUUCCCACGUGUGCUGUGUUUUAAAAGGAAAAAAAAAACAGAGGAUUUGUUGUUUUGAAACAGCUGGGAUUUUUGCACGUCCCGUGUAUUUGCACUGAACUCGUUUGCCUUUCGCAUUCGUCCGCCUGCUUCUGAGCUCCGAGCAGAGAAUCACCUUCAGAGAGCUAGCUCCAACCCAGGAAACUUUAAAAGUAUAAAAGAAAGGAUGUAAAAAAAAUAGAGUAUCUGAACUUUGAGGUCCUUGGAUCCGAUCAGUUUUUGCUGGCGAGACCUCUGCAGCUUUUUCUGUGUGUUGCGUAAAGGGCCUCCUGAUUCCAAAUGCGGUGCUGCAGAUACCGCUGCCGCCUUGGAGGCAAAAGGAACUUUAGACUUUUGGAAAGUGUCAGAGGGGGAAAUUCRAGAUGCAAAAUUGAGCACUUAGUGUUUGUGUUUUUUAUUUAGCCCUACUGAGUCUUAAGGUUUGCCCCUGUGCUUUUGGUUUUUAAUUGUUGUGCCUUUGAGUUAACUGCAUUUGUUUUUUCCUUUUAGUGGAAUACUGUGUGGUUUAUGUCCUGCUCUGAACCGGUCCUUAUUUGACCUUUGCACUGUUCAUAUGUGGUCCUCGCGCUCGUGGCAGCGUAGGAWAAAAGAACGUUGGGAAAUGAUGCACUAUUGUCAGACUGACACAAGGGUAAAUAGGGUGUUUUUUCCAAAACUCUCAGCAAGGGAGGUACCUUUUCCCGCUUGGAGCUC